GCGUGGGCUCCACCGAUCCGCUCAGUGCUUUGACGGUUCUCCAGUCAAUCGGAUCGAAGGGAAUCCACCAGAUCUCGGAGAGAUAUAUAGCCUCAAGGAGGUGAUUAUAGAAGGGCCGCAAUUCUAACGGCAAACCAAGAGACAGUCGAUAAGAUUAAUUUAAUUAAAAGUGGAAAAAAGCAAAGCGAUCUAUCGAUCGAUCGAAUCUAUUGGAUCGCAACUCGUAUAGAUAAGAAUUAAAAAAAAAAAAUAAAUAAAAUAAUAAAAACUGGAGUGGCGACUAGCGUUUCAAGUGAUUUGUGAUUGUGACUAAAGCCCAUCCCACGAGUCAAAAUAAUAUGAUCCAAGAGUGAUUCAAAGAACAGGGGCUUUCAACAAAAAUAAUAUCCAAAAUGUAUGUGGCCAAUACCACGGGCGGCCUAAUGCUGCAGACCAUGUUGUAUUUGGCCAAUCGGACCAGUCGGGCGACACUCAACACCUUGGUGGACCUGCCACCGGCAACCAAAAGUGACAUUAACGAGGUCAAGUGCUUCGGCGUCUACGGCUGCUUCCCCAUCAAUGGACCCUGGAACACGGUGACCCGAACCAUUGGCGUACAUCCCCAGAAGCCCUCGGAAAUAGAACCCCAUUUCACGUUACAUACCCGAAAGGAACUGGAUCAGCCGCUGUACCUGGAUCUCAACGAUCCGGAUAGUAUCCAGGGCAUGGGCGUGGAUCCGCACGGCAAGAUCUUCCUCCUGGUCCAUGGGUACUUAGAGUCGGGUGAGAUACCAUGGAUGCUGGACCUGGCGAGGGCGCUGCUGCAUCACGAGCCGAAGGGCAAGGCGGCGGUGGUGCUGAUCGAUUGGGGCGGCGGGGCCAGUCCUCCGUAUGUCCAGGCCGUGGCCAAUAUCCGGCUGGUGGGCGCCAUCACGGCGCAUGUGGUGCACAUGCUCUACGAGGAGUUGAAGCUGCCAAAUCUCUCAAAAGUCCACAUCAUUGGCCACUCCCUGGGCGCCCACUUGUCCGGCUAUGCCGGCUAUCACCUUCAGCGGGACUUUGGUUUGAAGCCCAAUAGGAUAACGGGUCUGGAUCCAGCUGCUCCACUCUUCACGGACACCGAUCCCAUUGUCCGUCUGGAUCCCACGGACGCCCAUUUCGUGGACAUCGUUCACACGGACGCCAAUCCCCUGAUGAAGGGAGGUCUGGGUAUCAAUAUGCGGCUGGGACAUGUCGACUUCUUCCCGAAUGGAGGCUUCGAUAAUCCCGGCUGCAACAAGAAGUUCCAGGACGUGGUCAAGAGCAACAAGAAGGCCACUCUCUUCCUGACCAUGCAGGAGUUCCUCGGCUGCAAUCACAUCCGCAGCGAGCAGUACUUCACGGAGAGCAUUGGCUCCAAGUGUCCCUUCCUGGGCAUCACCUGUGACUCCUUUGAGAGCUUCAAGGACCACAAGUGCAUCAGCUGCGAGGAGCCGGGACACACCUGCCUGCGCAUGGGCUACCACAGCCAGGAGGACUACCAGGAGCAGGUGAAUCUCGGCCACAUCAAGCAGGGCGACUCGCCCGGCGUCUUCUACCUGUGGACCGGGGACAGGAAGCCCUUCUGCCGGCUGCACUACCGGAUCACGGUGCGAAUGUCCGCCCACGACGAGAGCACGCUGCACGGCGGAGAGGUCGGCAUCCUGUCCGUCCGGAUACACGACGGGAAGAGCACCCACAAGAAGAAGCGAGCCUCGACGGAGCUAAUGAAGUUCUCGACGAAGGCCAUGUACUUCGAGCCGGGCUACGAGUACAAGGCCCUGGUGGCCGGGCGCGAUCUGGAGAAUCCGGAAUACGCCACCGUGCACUGGGAGUAUCCGACCAGCAUCCUUAAUCCGCUCACCUGGCGCUUCCUGUCUUCUCCCAGGAUCUAUCUGGAGUAUAUCCUGAUCGAGGCCAUGGAGUCCACGGAUUUGUACCUCAAGCUGUGUCCCCAAAACGAGGGCGCCAUCCUAUCCGGUGCCGAGAAUGUCCUGCGCUCCAGUUUCUGCAAAGAUUAAGGAAUAAGCACCCCCAUCCUCCAUAUAAUUAAUUCCCCCCCCCAUCUGCUUGGAACACUUUUUCAAAACUCGCGGGCCAAAAAUAAGUCCCAUCACUAGAAUGUGGUUGAAAAAUAUGGAAAAAACAUGGCGGUUAGGGUGGUGACUAAAGCCGAGACACCUACCACGGCAAUCUGUGUCUCUGCUGUGGGAUCAGUUAAGGCUGCUAUAAAAAGUGUUCCCAGGAGAACAGCUUGUAUUUUAUUAUAGUAUUGUUUAUAGUUUGCUGAAGAAGAGAAAAUGCCUAAAAUUGUCAUUUAUUUGUAAUUUAUUUCUUUUUUUUUUAAUUACGAUUAGCAAUUAUAAUUAUUAUGUUUUUUUUUUUGGAAUCUAAAAAUGUAGUUAUAUUACAUUGAUGUAGACUAAUUUAAUUUAAAUAAAAUGCAAUUAUAACAAAGUGUA